UGCAUGGCUCCCCGCAUGGCUCCCCGGGCGGUCCGGCUCCUGGUCGCGCUGUCCUGCGUCCUGAACUGCGUCCUGAACGCGUCUCCGUGUCCUCCCAUCUGCCGCUGCAGCGCAGACUCGCUCCAGUGCAGCAGAGACACUCAGCUGGCCGCAGGACCAGUGUCUGCAUCCGUGCUCAGACUGAGGCUCACCCAUCUGCACUUGAAACAAGUUCCCACUCACGCCUUCAAUGGGCUCAUCAACGUUACCAUUAUAGAGAUCUCCCAGAGUGACUGCAUCACACACAUCCAGCGACAUGCCUUCCUGUCCCUCCACAGUCUGGAGCAAAUAUCAGUGCGAAAUAUCAACAGUCUGAGGUUUAUUGAAAAAAGGGCCUUCACUGACCUGCCCAGACUGGAAUAUUUGAGCAUCUCUAACACCGGCAUGAGACACUUCCCAGACUUCACAUCCAUCUCGUCCUUGGCACCAAAUUUCAUCCUAGAAAUGGCCGACAACAUGCGGAUCGAGAUCAUUCCUGCUAAUUCCUUCCAGGGCAUCACAAAGGAGUAUGUGGACAUGAACCUGGUUAGAAACGGCUUCAAGGAAAUAAAGUCUCACGCCUUCAAUGGCACCAAGCUCAACACUCUAAUUUUGAGAGACAACAAGUUUCUGAGGUAUAUUGAAGAAGAUGCUUUCGAAGAAGCCACAGGUCCAAGCUACCUGGAUGUUUCCUCCACCGCGCUGAGUUCUCUCCCGCAUAAAGGACUGAGCCAGGUGCGAUCUCUGAAGGCCAGCUCUGCGUUGGCUCUGAAGAGCCUGCCGCCACCAGACAGCCUGGCCCAGCUGCUGGAGGCCGAGCUCACGUACCCCAGCCACUGCUGCGCCUUCCACACAUGGCGGCGGAAACAAAGGGAAAGUGCUUCAAAGAACUUCACAAAGUUUUGUGGGCUCAGCGAAACAGAAAUAGAACCCACUGACGAUGGCAUGAAUCUCAUCUAUGACGUCAACUUUGAGUAUCCAGACCUGGAAUUGGAAUGUCACAACAGCCCCUUCGUCGUGUGCACGCCGAAGCCGGAUGCUUUCAACCCGUGUGAGGACCUGCUGGGCUUUCUCUUCCUGCGCUGCCUCACCUGGAUAAUAACAGCUUUCGCUGUGGCCGGUAACCUCGCUGUCCUGGUCAUCCUGCUCAUUAGCCACCGUAAACUAACCAUCUCCAGAUUUCUCAUGUGUAAUCUGGCCUUUGCUGACCUGUGCAUGGGUGUUUAUUUGAUGUUAAUUGCCUUCAUGGACUACCACUCGCGUCACGAGUACUACAACCACGCCACGGACUGGCAGACGGGGCCCGGAUGUGGCACCGCUGGGUUUUUGACCGUGUUUGCCAGCGAGCUAUCAGUAUACACGCUGACGGUGAUUAGCCUGGAGCGCUGGCACACCAUCACCAACGCCAUGCAUGUCAACAAGAGGCUGCGGAUGCACCAUGUGGCCGCUAUGAUGGCAGCGGGCUGGGGCUUUUCUUUCCUGGUUGCCCUGCUCCCUCUGGUGGGGGUCAGCAGUUACAGCAAAGUGAGCAUCUGUCUACCCAUGGACAUCGACACCGUGAGCUCCCAGGUUUAUGUAGUGACUGUGCUCGUUCUCAAUGUUGUUGCUUUCCUGGUGGUGUGCUACUGUUACAUAUGCAUCUAUAUCAGUGUUCACAACCCAGAGCACUCUGCACAACACGGAGACGCCAAGCUGGCCAAACGAAUGGCUGUGCUUAUUUUCACAGACUUCCUGUGUAUGGCCCCCAUCUCCUUCUUCGCCAUCUCUGCAGCCCUACGCAUGCCGCUCAUAACCGUGUCGCACUCCAAGAUCCUGCUGAUCCUUUUCUAUCCCAUCAACUCCCUCUGCAACCCUUUCUUGUACACCAUCUUCACACGGACGUUCAGGAAGGAUGUGUGCCUGCUGGUGAGCCGCUGCAGCUGCUCCUACGCCUGUGCCGAUCUUUUUAGAUCAAAGAAUCUGGCGUCACAACGAGCCUGCACCAAUAAAGUGACCAGCAGAAAUCCCCACUCGCUCAGCUUUUAUGCUUAUCAUAUUAAGAUGAAAGGUUGUUUUCUAAGUAAGGGAGCCACAUGA